AUGGAAUCAACUACAGUUACUUCAUUCGUACCACUGCAUGUGGCUGUCAUCGGAUGUGGUAUCGGCGGUUUAGCAGCUGCUAUUGCUCUACGACAUCAAGGCCACUAUGUGACUGUCUAUGAACGUGCUCAUUUUGCUAGUGAAGUCGGUGCUUCAAUCACUGUGGCUGCUAAUGCGACCAAAUAUCUUGAACAGUGGGGUGUCGAUGCUGUUGCUGCCAGGUGA